CAUAUCGAACGCGUUGGAUCUGCCGCGAGAGAAACUGAGCGCGUCUGGUGUGUUGAGCUGUCACUCAAACCGAAAGUAAAAAGCCUAUAUAAACACACACACACUGAACACACACCAUUACCAGUCUGAGCCUUUACCAGUAAGAGUUUACUGUCUCUAAUAAAGCAAACAGCUUUUUCAUCAGCUGUAUCAAAACAUGGGCAUCUUCUUCUCCAACCUCUUCUCGCGUCUCUUGAAGAAGAAAGAAAUGAGGUUGCUUAUGGUGGGUCUGGACGCAGCAGGGAAAACAACAGUCCUCUACAAACUCAAACUCGGCGAAGUUGUCACAACUAUUCCAACUAUUGGUUUUAAUGUGGAUACAGUUGAUUAUAAAAACAUCUCGUUCACUGUUUGGGAUAUCGGUGGUCAGAGUUUAAUUCGAGGCCUCUGGAGACAUUACUAUCACAACACCCAGGGCCUGAUCUUUGUGGUGGACAGCAGUGAUCAUGACCGGAUUGAAACGGCAGCAGAGGAACUAAACGCGAUGCUGGCAGAGGACGAGAUGAGAGACGCGGUUUUGUUAGUUCUUGCUAACAAGCAGGAUUUACCCAAAGCCAUGCCGGUCCACGAGCUGACAGACAGACUGGGUUUACACGCACUGAGAGGAAGACAGUGGUUCGUUCAGGCCACAUGUGCGGUUCAAGGAUCAGGUUUAUAUGAAGGACUGGAUUGGCUCACGGAUCAACUGUCCAAACGGCCGUAAUGCUGGAACUUUGUUUUUGGAUUUUUGUGGCCUGAUUCUUCAAAACUAAUAACUACUGUAAUUGAAUGUAACAGCCUCCAGCUGUUUAUUAUCUCAAAUGCAUUUUGAUUUAUUAAUGUUAAAUCAAAAGUGCAUAUUCUAUAUUGCGAGGUUACUUCUGAAAACGUUUUGUUAAUUUUUGGUUUUAAUUCUGAACACUCUGAAAGAAUUUUUUUUUUUUGAGUGACUUAUGUUUAUGUGUUUUGUUUUAUCUGUAUUUUGAAAGAAUAAGAUGUUUGCCUGAAAAUUUUACAUAUAUAAAUGUGUGUGUGUGUGUGUUUCCUACCAAAUAUCUCCAAUAAAUGGUUUAUUUAUUUAUAAAUAUUAGUAUUCUUAUGUCUUAUUUUAAUGUAAUAUUAAAAUAGAAAAAUGCAUGAGAAAUAUAGCAUGUUUUGCACAGUUAUGAUAGAUUUAUUGAUUUAAGAUGUAU